AUUACAUUGCUUACUCGUCUAUAGAUUCAUCAUUUAACUACAGUUCGAUCCUUUAUAAUUAAUUCAUAAUAAUGUCAGCAUUGUUUCUCUACAAUUAUUAUUGCGAACUGGAUAAAGAUUUAUAAAAAUAAAAUGUACACUCUACCGUGUAAAUUAUUAUAGAAAGAAGCAAUAUGAUUAGAGUACUUGAUUGAGGCAGAAAGACAUGGCAAAUAUCGUAUUUAUACUAUGUGAGAUUUAAAAAAAAAAAAAGAAAGAAGAUGGCAACGGCACAAGGUACACCAGAGUCUGAUACUGGAAGUUUUGAAUGCUUUCAAAACUAUACAGCGCCAGAGGUAUUUAUCCAGGGUUUGGCUGGAAUUGUUGAUCAACAGGAUGUAGAAUCUAUGAUAAGAGCACAAAAGCAAAUGUUGCAGAGGUUUGAAAAAACCAACGAGAUGUUGACCAACUGCAAUCAGUUGUCGAUAAAUAGAUUUAAGACUGCUGGCAAUGAGUUUAAAAAACACACAACAUUAUUGGUGGAAAUGAAGAGAGAUUUGGAUUAUAUUUUCAAAAGAAUUCGUAUCGUAAAGAACAAACUGAGUCAGCAAUAUCCACAAGCAUUUAAUGAAGCGGUAAGAAGCAGUUUAGCGGAAGAAGUAAUCGUCGAAGAUGUAGAUUGCCCUGUAAAACCGCUUGAACCUGAAAUAGUACCACUACCAAGCGCCUCUAAUACCGUUAUGGAUCGAGAUCCAGAUUCUGAUGUGCCGGUUGAGGAGUUUCAAUUUGCAAAGCUGCGGAAACGACGAAUAAAGAGCAACGAUAGUUCAUCAACGGAGAGCAACAACGAUCACAGUAACGCCGAAACUUCGUCCUGCACGUCCGAUACUGGUUAAAGCAUUUGUUCCAGAGUUAGAAAAUUAGAAGACUACAAAAAAGAAGAAUACCCUCAAAAAAAGAAAAAAAAACGAUAAUAAAAA